GUCUGGGGCAUGAUAUUUGGCUGGUAUGAAAAAUUAGGCUCUGAGGGUCAGCGUAUGACUGUGUUCGCUUUCACAUUGGCUGCCCUGCUAAUGGCAUCGUUAGCCACCGUAUUUUUCCGUGGAAAUAUCCUCAAAGAAGACGAAACAAACAACAUUGCAAAAACCAUGUGCACAAUUCAAGACACGCAUAUAACACCUCGUGGACUAGAAGUGUCGGUCAGCUAUACAUACACCUCUCCAUUGUCAUUCGAAACGUCGCUAGAAACUAGUAUCCUAACUGGACUCGACCCAACCAUCGCCUAUAUAAAAAAUGAAGAGGUUGUUUGCUAUUAUUCCAAUAACAAUGCACUGAAAGUUGUGGUAGUUCCUCAAAGAUAUAUCCCGCCAAGCAAGCUUCAGGAGAAUAUGGCUUUACUUCUCUUUUUGCCUCUGAUAGCUGCAGUUAUGUUUUGGCUAUACCGGCUACUACAAUGGUCUCAUCAGAUGAUGAUGUCUUGCAAAGGUUCUAUUCAUAGUGGCAUUAGUUCGUACCAGCAAGGAUAUGAUCUCGUGGAUCAAGGCUCUGACAUGACUUUGGUUGAUUCUGAAGGUAGUCAUCAAAGAACUAAAAACUCGUAAUUCCGGUGACAGAAGAUUCACCGAGGGAGAAUAUUUUGCCUUUGAAAGGUCGUACACCAUUUGCGGAAGGAGGGAUUAGCAGUGUAGUUGCUCUAAUGUUAAAAACGUAUGGACACACCAAUGUGUAUAUAUGUCCAACAUAUAUCGGAGAUUCACAGUACAAAGUAAACUUUAAAACGUAUAAUUCAGAUAACAACAAGUUCAGGCCGUUCGUACAUUACAAUUUAAACUAUAUUUUAGAGCUUAUUAUGUCAGUUGCCGAAAUAUGUAUGUUACUCAUACACAAAAUUGCGAAUAAAUGCGAUAUCAUCAAUUUGGAGCUGCA